CACGCGAAAGCUUGCAGCUCUCCCUCCUUCACGCCGCUCGUCAGUCUACACUGGCGCUACGGCUUUGACGCCACCUACGCAGUCCCAGCCUUCGCUUUAGCUCCAUAAAAACGUCGCAAGAACAUACCACCACCUGCUCACCCCUAAGUACCAGGCAGCAGCGGGGUACUUCAGGCCAGAACCCUCGCAUAAGCUCCAAACAAGCUCCGGACACCACGUCACUCCACCGUCAACCUCUCAUACAUACCAACAACAUGGCCGGAACGUUCUUCGAAGACCUGUGGGAGUCCAUCUUCACUCCUGGCCCUACGCCGACCCUCCUCAUCGCAACCAACGCCUCCUUCGCCGCCCUCCAGCUCCUCUUCUUCGCGCUCUUCAUCGGCACAUACAGCAUCCAUUUCGUAGUCCUGUCUUUCCUCACCGGCGGCCUCUGGUAUGGAAUUAACUGGUUCGCAAAGGAGAUCCGGAUAGCGCAAAAGGCAGAAGAGGAGGCCAAGCGCAUUCGCGCCGAGAGACGCGGAAGCCAGAAGGACACAGCUGGCGACGGAGAGCAAGCGGACAUCGACACAGGGGAUGACACGGAAGUCGACGCUAAAGAGGAGGUGCAGAAGCAGAGCGAGGGGCUAGCGAAGAAGGAGAAGCGUGUGCCUAGACCAGAGACACAGAGCACGGUGUUUGUGGAGAGGCCGAGCGAGAGGGAGGAGACGCCGCCUGCUGUACCUGCGAGUACUUAUGGUGGUGGACCAGUUCGAGGUAGCACGACGGGCGCAUCUACUCAGCUGGCGCCGCUGGUGGAUGAUGCGCUGAAGAAGAGGAAGGGAGGGUUGGGCGAGAGCACUGGGGAUUUGAGUACGGACAGCGAGUGGGAUAAGCUCUCUGAGGACUCAGAGGAGCGAUGAGAUACCCGCGAUAGACCCUUCCUGUUGUUUGUACUACUCGACUGGUUACGAACUCCACGGUGUUAUCAAUGAGCGCCCAUACGCAACCCUGUAUGUAUCCCACGUGAACACGCGCUUCGUUCUUCUGCUAUGAUGGAACUUCCACAGUGAUCGAGACUACCUACCCAGACCAGCAGACAGCUUAGUCCAGGCAGCAUGUUAUCGUCAGCAUACUCACCUUACAUAUGUCCGUCU